AUGAUUGUUUCAAUAACAAGUGACUUUAAGACCAUCAUCCUCUUCGUAUUAUUAGGAUGUGGGAUUACCCUGGGUUUAAAACAAUGCUGCCCAGACAACGUUAUAAUGAGAUCAGGCGGUUACUGCAGAACGACACGAGUCAAUAUGAACUGCACUUUGGGGCAUAUGCUUUUGAAAGAUGUUAUUGUGAAUGGAACCAGCUUGUCUACUAUGGAUUCUCCUGGAUACGCAUUCACAGAUGAUCCAGAUCGUUACUGCCUGAGCCAAAUGUAUAGAAAUCAGAGUUCACCUCUGCUAGGCACGAUUCCAGUUGCUGUGAUGUGUUAUGAGGAGAUAAAACCCUCCAAUGAUAUUGAGACUAGUGGUAUUCUCACCCUGGUGUCAGUUGUAUUCCUGCUUGCUACUUCGGCAGUUUACAUUUACCUACCACAACUCAGGGACCUACAAGGAAUAUGCUACAUCUGUAUGUGCAUGAGUAUGGCACUUGGUUUUCUAUCACUCGGCAUUAUGCAGAUAAGUCCUGGAUUUAUGGGCGACAUGUGCACAGUAACAGGUUUCCUAGUCUACUUUUGGAUGAUGGCAACAUUUUUCUGGAUGAAUGUGAUAAGCAUCAACAUGUAUCGCACAGUACAGGAUGCAACAUAUCUGAAAAAGACGGAACGAAAGCAGUGCUUAAUCUACAACAGUUAUGCUUGGGGUUGCACCUUGGCUUUCCUUGUGAUAGCCUUAACCACGAACUUCGUCGAGGGAAACCAUUACAAGCCCGGUAUAGGGCAAGGCUCCUGCUGGUUUAACGGGCGCGCUGAAACCUGGCUUUACUUCUAUGGCCCUGUCGCGAUCCUCAUUGCUAUUAACAUCGUCCUUUUUAUACUAUCCUCCUACACCUUAUGGACUCACAAUAAGAAAUAUGAGGUUAACAAACUAAAUUAUCUUAAGCGCAAAUUCCUUGUAUCGCUAAAACUAUUCCUUGUAAUGGGAAUUAAUUGGAUAUUUGAAAUAGCCAGUUUUGCACAUGGAGAGAAACAUAUCCUUUGGAAAAUAAUGGACACCUUCAACUGCCUCCAAGGUAUCGUGAUAUUUCUGAUAUUGGUAAUUCUAAGACGUCGUGCAAUGCGAGGACUUGCCGAAGAGGGAUUCUGUCUCUUCAUCACCAGACCACUGGCUAACAAAUUAAGCCCAGAUGAUGACGCUGAUGAAGAGCAAAUGCUAGAUGAUACAGUAGAAGUUAGGCUUAAUUAA